AUGCCCCUGAACUACUCAAAAUGGGAUCAGCUAGAGCUUUCCGACGACUCCGAUAUUGAGGGUCAUCCAAACGUCGACAAGAAAUCGCUUAUACGGUGGAAACAACGCGAUAUCCACGAAAAGCGCGAAGCGCGAAAACAUCGCAUAAGUCACCUCCGUGCCCAGAUAGCAUGCAACAAUGUUCUUCUAUCCCGGAUAAAGGACAUUACUGCAAGACUUGAAGAUCCAUCCGCAUCUCCACCCGUGACCGCAUAUUUUACCUCUUUAGUUGAGCAACUGACCACGAAACCAUCGCCCGACUGUCCCCCAGGCAAUGACCCAACGAAGGUGGAGCAAACGUACGACGGCAUGCUCCUUAGUUUGCUGAGACAAGUCAGCGAAGACGCGAAGGCGAAGUUCAAGGAUACGGCCAGGUCGGAGAAGGACGAGAAGAUCGCUAAAGAACUGACGGUAUUGAUGGCUGGGCAUGUGAAAUAUCUUGGGGAGACCAUUAAGAAAGACGAAGUGGAAUUGGAGAAAGAAGAUCAAGAGCAGAAGAAGCAUAUUACCAGCGACGAUAUUCACGAAGGCUUUGAAAGCAAGUACGUUCCUCCCAAACCAGAGCCGCCCCCAGUACCACACACCAGGCUGGACACGCAAAAAGAAAAGAAGAAAGUUACUGAGUUUGAGGUGCUCAAUCCAAAGGCCUCAGCUUCGUCCACAGCCGACCCCGAAACCGAGGAGGAUGAAGAAAAUACCGACCUCCCAGAACUUACGCCAUCACUGGAAGCGUUUUCCAAACUCCCUCUCCACAACUACGAACAAUCUUUCCAUUUCAUUCAGGCUCACCGCGAUGUCUACGUUUCUGGUGCAACUGACGCUCUCCUGGUUGCCGCUUUCCAAGCACAGAGCGAAGGGAAAUCGAAGUACGCAAAGCAGUGUGUCCACCAAAGUUUGCUCCUGCAGUAUUGUGAAAAAUUGGGCCGCGAUGGUGUUGGUGUAUUCUUCAAGAAGAUGAUAGCUGGUGACAAAAGGGCAGAGAAAGUGUUUGUGGAAGAUGUCGAGAACACUUACAACCACCUGGUCAAUCGAGUGAAGAUCUCGCAAGAACAAGCACAGGGCAAGGAGCAAAUCCAGUUAGUGGCAGAGAACCCUGACACAGAAAUCCGUUUCAACGUUCCGGACGGUCCUCCUCCCGAAAACAUUGUUUUAGAGGGGCCCGGAACGGAGGGAAUGAAUGUUGAGGAAGUGAGGAAGGCACUACAGUUCCGAUGGGACGUAUUCCAAGGUUUCCCACCUGCUCUGCAGGAAGCUCUGCGAGACGGGGGCCUCGACAAGGUAAACAAGGUUCUAGGAGAAAUGGACGUGCCGGAAGCAGAGGGCAUUGUUGGAGACUUGGAUAUGGCAGGUAUUUUGAGUUUUGCAGAAGGCGGCAUUCGUGAUGAGACUGGCGCAACUAGUUCCACUUAGAUACACCCCACUUUCUGCCUUUGCUUGAUCUCGCAACGAAAUUUAUAACAAAUGUACAACCAGCUUAUUCUGCCAUCAUAAUGACUUCAACUUC